AUGCAGAUGUGGCUGCUGGUGCCUAGUCCUGGGGUUCUCAGUGGUGGCAAUGGCUCAGGAAUGGCCCUGGGACACAGGAUGGGAGCAGAGGUGGCUCACAACCACUCCUGGAAUGAUGGAAAAUUGUCCUCUGAAGAAUUCAAAGCAUAUUUUGCAGAUGGUGUUCUGAGUGGAGAAGAGUUAUGUGAGCUCUUCCAUACCAUUGAUACACAUAAUACCAACAAUCUUGACACAGAAGAACUAUGUGAAUAUUUUUCUCAGCAUUUGGGCGAGUAUGAGAAUGUACUAGCAGCACUUGAAGACUUAAAUCUUUCCAUCCUGAAGGCAAUGGGAAAAACAAAAAAGGACUACCAAGAGGCCUCCAAUUUGGAACAAUUUGUAACUCGAUUUUUAUUGAAAGAGACCUUGAAUCAACUGCAGUCUCUCCAGAACUCUCUGGAAUGUGCCAUGGAAAUUACUGAGGAGCAAACUCGCCAAGAAAGACAAGGGCCAACCAAACCAGAAGUCCUGUCGAUUCAAUGGCCUGGAAAACGAUCAAGUCGUCGAGUCCAGAGACACAACAGCUUCUCUCCCAACAGCCCUCAGUUUAAUGUCUAUGGUGCAGGCUUAUUAGAAGAAGAUAACCAAUGGAUGACCCAGAUAAACAGACUCCAGAAAUUAAUUGAUAGACUGGAAAAGAAGGUUAUCAAUCAUGUAAGUAUUUCUAUACAGAAGCUUUCAAAUGAAUCUCGCUACACGAUUUACGAGUUCUGGGAGAAUAGUAGUGUGUGGAAUAGCCACCGUCAGAUGAAUUAUAGCAAGACCUUCCAAAGAAGUAAUGUGGAUUUCUUGGAAACUCCAGAACUCACAUCUACUAUGCUAGUUCCUGCUUCAUGGUGGAUCCUGAACAACUAG